GAGGCAGACCCCUGGCUGCAGGGGGACCCGUGGAGCGACGCGGCUGGGAACAACCAUGCCGGCUGGUGGAAUUCGUGGAGAGAAUGGUGGGGCUCAGCCAGCUGGUGGACCGGCUCUCAGGUGAAUGAAUAUGCAGACCACUGGUGGACCAGCUCACCGGCGAACGAGGGCGAGGUCUGGGUCACCAUCCAGAGGCCGCGGCAGCCGCCGCUCCCCCACGGGCUGAUGCGCGGAGCGGCCGGGAGCGAUCCCGCCACGGCGCAGGCCCCUCCGUCGGCACCUGCGCCGGCGACGCCGCCGGCACGGCCACCCGCGGUGACGAUGGCUCCAGCGCAGCCGACCCAGCCACUCGCAGCAGCAGCGACGGAGCUGACGGUCGGGGCGACGCAGGUUCCGCCACCGCCACGGCCGUGGGCACCCACCGACGGAGGAUCGACGUCCACGUGGCGCCCGUCAGACACGCAGGGCCCUCAGCCGUGGGGAGGCUUCGAGCAUCUCGAGACCUACGUAGUGGCCCUACGGCGAUGGAGCAGAAGGACGGGCCUGCCGGCGGAGCAGCAGGCGGGCAAGGUCAUCGACGGCUUGCCCGUGGACAUGCAGGAGAGGCUCCUGCACUACGCGGAGGAGCUCGACGCCCCCGGCGGCAUCGAGGUCCUCAUCGACUUCCUGAAGAGGUGCCGGGGCGACCAGGACGGCGACGAGGCCAAGGAGAGCUUCAGGCUGGCACUGGAGGACACCGAGAUGAGAGCGGGGGAGUCGUUCACCCAGUACGUGAUGCGCCGGGACCUGCAGGUGAAGUCGGCGAAGAGGUACGGGCUCGAGCUCCCAGAGCAGGUCCAGGUGCAGCAGCUGAGGAGUGGAGCGAACCUGAGCGAACAGAAUGCGAUCAACCUGCUCUCGAUCACCCAGGGCCGUGAGGAUCUGGAGUCGAUCAAGCAGGGUUUGAAGAAGAUGGACGUGAAAAAGAAGAGCAGCCAGAAAAAGUCGAGGGUGUACGCGGUCGGACACGACGAGGACGAGGACGACGAGGAGGUGUUCGGCAGCAGCGAGGUCUACCUCGAGCUGGAGGAGGACCUCAUCCUGGACACCGAGGACGCGCUGGCCUUCUACGAGGCGAUCGCCAACCAGGAGUUGGACGAGGACCAGGCGGCGGCCGUCCUGGCCGCGGUGCUGGACGAGAAGAGGACCAAGGAGGGCCGGCCUCGGAAGUGGGCAGAGUCGCGAGAGCUGAAGAAGGCCAUUGCUCGGGACCGCGACUUCUUCGACUCCAAGAGAGCCGGAGGCCGGGGGCACUGGCGCAAGGAGUGCACCAAUCCGUACAAGCCGAAGCAGAUUGAGCAGCGGCCCAAGAAGGAGCUCGGGGGGAAGUCGCUCUACGUGGCGGCGGACUUGCUGGACGAGGGCGACGGCACCUUCCUCGUCGGAGGACCUCGGAUUCGGGAGCUGUUUCGGAACGUGCUGAUCGGCGAGUCCUGCGAUCGAGGCCAGGUGGGCCACGGACGAGUGCUAGCCGACCAGCCUCUGCGAGGUGGGCCUCGUUCGAAGUCAGAGGAGGCGAUCCUCGGCACGUUCAUCCUGGACAUCGAAGGCGACGAGCCGGAGGGCAUGGUGGGCACGGCGGCCGGGCAGGCGCUGGUGGGCGAGAAGCAGCUGAAGGUAUUGCAAGAGAAGUACUACAAGAAGGGCUGGCGAAUCCCGGUGAGAAAGACCGACGGCAACAGCAGCGCCAAGGGGAUCGGCGGCCGCUCCAGGGUCGUCGGGGAAGCGAUGGUGCCGGUGACCAGUGCGGGGAUCCGGUGCCUCAUCCUCUUCAGGGUGAUCGCGGAGGACGUCCCCCUCCUCCUGCCCGUGCGCUGGAUGGAGAGCCUGGGGGCCGUCGUGAACCUGGCCGAGGACAAGAUCACGCUGCGCUUCGAGGGGCUCGACCGCACCGUCAAGCUCACGAGGCAGAGGUCCGGCCAUCGCACCAUGGCGCUGCUGGACGAGAGCCUCCCGGGGGACUUCGACAUUCCUGAGGGGGCCCGGCGCGACUGGCCGGGCCUCGAGAAUGACACGUUUCGAGUGUACAGGAGAAGCUCCAGUCUGAAGCGAGAGGGGGCCUCGAGGAAGAAUUCAGCACCAGGGACUCCCCGGCCGUCAGUCACCUUCUCGGAGCCGAUGGACACCAGCUGGGAGAGGCUGCCGGGAUCCGACCUGGAGUCCGAGGGGAGCGAGCAGUCAUCCCAGCCGCUGCAGGACGGCGCGGCCUCGACCCGUCCCACAUCUCCGUCACCGCCCCAGCCGACGUCAAGGCCCCACAUCGGCCUCCAGACGAGCUCCCUGAGGAAGGCCUGGAAGCGGAUGACGGUCAAGCUGAUGCACGUGGCCGACGUGGGACAGGCGACUAAGAUGAUACAGGAGAUGCGCGACGAGGCGACCGGGAAGAUGAACGCCCUGGAGUGCCCUCAUCCACCCUGGGCCCACUGGGAGUCAGGCAACCAGCACAUGCGCUACGUCAAGUGCCUGAGGUGCUCGAGCAUGAUCUGGAGAAGGGACCUCACGCACCGCGAGAAGCAGGCCCAGCAGCUCAAGAAGGUCGAGAAGGAGGCCCGGCGGGCGGCGAGGACCAAGCAGCUGGAGACGCCGCCUUGGGAGCCGCCGAAGGUCGAGGGUCGCAGCAAGGAGGGCGUCAAGAGGGCGGCCAGGGCUACUCCAGCGGCGUCGUCCGGUUCGGCCGACACGACGGUAGAGACGAGCAGCUCCGACCUCAACCAGAUGAUGAAGGCGAUCCAGACCAACAGCGAGGUGGUAUCGCAGCUGGCGCUGGCGAUCCAGCAGCUCGUGCAGAAGGGGACCUGA